AUGCUGCAAGUCAGGGGCCUCACCGGGGACGACGACAAGGAGCCAACGCCAGCUCCAGCUCCGCCUGCACCGCGCGUGCUGCCGCCUUCCUCGCGCACCUUCCCGAAGCGUCCGGCGCCGGCGCCGCUGUCCCGUGUGCCUGCUACGCCCACCAAGCGGCCGCUGCCAGCGGCAGCGCCGCUAACGAAGCGCGUGGCGACCGCUCUCGUCCCGGCACCGGCGCCGCCCGCCAACAGCUUCGCGGUCGCACCGGAGGUGGUGAGUGGCGUGGUGAAAGUGGAGAAGAUAGACAUUGCGGAUGACGACGAGGGCCUGGCGGCGCUCGGUCAGGUGGUCGACUACGAGGGUAGCUACGACUCUGACCAGUCGCUGGGCGCCAUCCCCAUCUCGGACCCCGGCCAAGGUGGGGCGAUGUUCGCGGCAGGCACGUCGGAGGGCAGCGCCGGCACAGCCGGCGACCCGGAGGGCGGUGCGCGCCGGCCGCGCUGCCACAUGUGCGGCAAGUGCUACGGCAGCCGAGAGGCGCUCAACAACCACAUGACGCUGCAUAAGGGCCUCACCAACUGCUGGAUCUGCGGCAAGUGCUUUGCCACCACCAGCGCGCGCAACAAGCACGUGCGGGUGGUGCACGGAAUCGGACAUCUGGCCAAGUGAACGUUCUGUGAAA